CCGCUGCGGGUCCUAACUGUGCUCCGCUCGCCCGGUGUGUGUGUCCCACGGUCAAGCGACCCGUCUCCUCUUCUUGUUCCCCCCCCUCCUCACCCCGUCGACAUGUUCCGCUGCCUCGCUCCGGCUCGGUUCGCCUCGGCUCGGUUCGCCUCGGCUUCCUCUCAGCGGGUCAACUCGCGACUCGCGUUGUGCGCGCGAGGGCCGAGCAGCCGAGUUAGCUCGCGCGCCCUCGCUGGAGGCCUGCAGGGUGGGCAGCAGCAGCAGCAGCAGCAGUGGUGGCGCAGUCAGCCCAGAGUGUGGAGCGCCCAGCGCGGCGGCCUCGGCAUCAGCCAACAGUCGUACUACAGCACCCAGGAGGCCAAGAAGGAGGCCGAGAAGGAGGCCGAGAAGGAGCCCGAGAAGGAGCCCGAGAAGGAGCCCGAGAAGGAUGCCGAGAAGGAGCCCGAAGAGGAGCCUCUGCACACCAUCAUCGCUGACACAGAGUCUGUUCAAGGUAGUUUCUCCAAACAUGAAUUUCAGGCUGAGACGAAAAAACUUUUGGACAUUGUUGCCAGGUCCUUGUACUCUGAGAAAGAGGUGUUCAUCAGGGAGUUGAUCUCCAACGGCAGUGACGCUCUGGAAAAACUGCGCCAUAAACUGAUGACAGCGGAUGGAGAAACUGCUCAGAUGGAGAUCCACCUUCAGACCGACGGUGCCAAGGGCACCUUCACCAUCCAGGACACGGGGGUGGGGAUGACCCAAGAGGAGCUGGUGGCCAACCUGGGGACCAUCGCCCGCUCCGGGUCCAAGGCCUUUUUGGAUGCCCUGCAGGACAAGGCGGAGGCCAGCAGCACCAUCAUUGGCCAGUUCGGGGUGGGAUUCUACUCGGCCUUCAUGGUGGCCGACCGCGUUGAAGUCUACUCUCGGUCCGCGGAGACCGACGCACCUGGAUACAAGUGGUCCUCAGACGGCUCUGGAGUUUUUGAGAUCGCCGAAGCCGGUGGCGUUCAACGGGGGACGAAGAUCGUGCUGCACUUCAAAGACGACUGCAAGGAGUUUUCCUCCGAGGACAGAGUCAAAGAGGUUGUGACAAAGUACAGCAACUUUGUGAGCUUCCCCAUCUUCCUGAACGGACGGCGGCUCAACACUCUGCAGGCCUUGUGGAUGAUGGAGCCGAAGGAGAUCAGUGGCUGGCAGCACGAGGAGUUCUACCGCUACGUCGCUCAGGCCUACGACAAGCCGCGCUACACGCUGCACUACCGCGCCGACGCCCCGCUCAACAUCCGCAGCAUCUUUUAUGUCCCUGACUCGAAGCCGAGCAUGUUUGACGUGAGCAGGGAGAUGGGCUCCAGUGUGGCUCUGUUCAGCAGGAAGGUCCUGAUCCAGACCAAAGCCACCGACAUCUUGCCCAAGUGGCUUCGCUUCCUCCGAGGUGUGGUGGACAGCGAGGACAUCCCCUUGAAUCUGAGCAGAGAGCUGCUGCAAGAAAGCGCCCUCAUCAGGAAGCUCCGUGACGUCCUGCAGCAGAGGGUGAUCCGCUUCCUGCUGGACCAGAGCAAGAAGGAGCCGGAGAAGUACGGCAAGUUCUUUGAGGACUACGGCCUCUUCAUGAGGGAGGGCAUCGUCACCACCCAGGAGCAGGACGUCAAGGAGGACAUUGCGAAGCUGUUGAGGUUCGAGUCUUCAGCUCUGCCACCGGGUCAGCACACCAAUCUGAUGGAGUACUCCUCCCGGAUGACGGCGGGCACGCGCAACAUCUACUACAUGUGCGCGCCCAACCGCCAUCUUGCAGAGCACUCUCCCUACUACGAGGCCAUGAAGCAGAAAGACAUGGAGGUGCUGUUCUGCUACGAGCAGUUUGACGAGCUCACGCUGCUCCACCUGCGCGAGUUUGACAAGAAGAAGAUGAUCUCCGUGGAGACCGACAUCGUGGUGGAUCACUACAAAGAGGAGAAGUUUGAAGACAGCAAGCCCGCCUCCGAGCGGCUGACCCAAGAGCAAGCCGACGACCUGAUUUCCUGGAUGAAGAACGCUUUGGGCCCCCGAGUCACCAACGUCAAGCUGACUCCUCGGCUAGACACCCACCCAGCUAUGAUCACUGUGCUGGAAAUGGGUGCUGCACGCCACUUCCUCCGCACCCAGCAGCUGGCUCGCACCCCCGAGGAGAGAGCUCAGAUACUGCAGCCCACACUGGAGAUCAAUUCAGGACAUGAUCUGAUCAAGAAGUUGCAGGCGCUGAAGGACUCGAACUCUGACCUGGCUGGUCUGUUACUGGAACAGAUCUAUGAUAACGCCAUGAUCACAGCCGGCCUGAACGACGAUCCCCGGCCGAUGAUUUCCCGGCUGAAUGACCUGCUGACUAAAGCUCUGGAGAAGCACUGAGCCGCAGACCACUUGGUGUUGAUGACGGGGGGCUCGUGAAGUAUUUACAGGCCUCGUUGAUCUGGAGCCAUCUACGCCCUCUCUGGAGUGCUCCGUUCAUUAUGGAGAGCACGUAAAUGCUUCAUAAGCACAGCUGGCGUGAAGAUGAACUGCUGGAAGCUUCUCCAUAAACACCUGCGUGUGUUUAUGCUCCACGUUCAAUACUAUUUCAUAAAGCUCCAUGUCGCCCACGUGGAUGAAAACCAGCCACAAACAAUGAUGAGAGUGCAAAACUACAACGCAGGCCAAGAGUGGAAGUCAAAACUCUUGAUAUCUGUGUAACUAGAGCAGCUUUAUUAUGAAGUGUGGAUUAGAAGACGUCCUCACUGCUGAAUAGAGCCGUUAAACACUUUUUAUAAGCCCUCCAAUAUUAAUUAAUAUUUUGUGUUGACUGUUGCAGUUCCUGGGGUUGAGGGGUGUAUUUCAUGUAAUUGUUUUUGAACCGUCAAAUGAAGAAAAGAAAAUGUCAUUUAAUCUAAACCUGUGUACGAGCUGCAAAUGUGACUCGGUGGCAGAUUCUCCACAGGUGUCGUUGAUAAUAUCAAAGUGCCAGCGAAUCUAAUAAAAUGCAUUU